AUGGUGACGAUCAUUGUGAAUCUGCCUUGCUCUCGCAAGGAGAGGAUGGAUGACAGGGGGCCCUCGGGGGAAUCAGUAGUGCCCCUUGUACAAAGUGGAAGUGUCUCGACUCGCCCUAGUACGGCAACAGACUGGAAUAGCAUGACUAGUGGGGGAGGGGAUAGGGGUCGGACGGUCGAGCAAGUGGACGAGAUGGCGACUAACGGAACGGUCCUCAAUUUGAAGGCGCGUUUCCUCAUGCACUUGAAUAUGAGAAACUUUCCGGAGGCUUUGAAGGCAGCAGAAGAACUGUCUGCUCUGGAACCUGGGGACGCCACUGUAGAGGAGUUCCAAGUGGUGCUACGGAAAUGGAUGGAUCUCCUUUGUCAGUCCCGAGGGACUAGUUUAAUUGUACGUGUGGGUGCAGAUACGAGAAUCGAUGAUGACCAUGAUGAUGAUGAUGAUGAUGAUGAUGAUGAUGAUGAUGAGGAAGAGGAGGAGAGCUCGGAGAAGUCCUCUUCCGAUGGGGAGGACGAUUAG